AUGGCUCAGCGCACGCAACCCACUAUCAUUCUGACCGGCACGCCCGGUACAGGCAAAACGACCCACGGAGAGCUGAUUGCGGCGCAAUUGCCGGAGCUGAAGCACAUCAAUGUUGGCGAUAUGGUGAAGGAAAGAGGAUUGCAUGAGGGCUGGGAUGAAGAAUGGCAGAGUUGGAACGUCGAUGAGGAUAAGCUACUCGACGAGUUGGAACCGCUGGCGAGCGCAGGAGGCGUCAUCUUGGACUGGCACACCUGCGAACUGUUCCCCGAACGCUGGGCCGACCUCGUCGUCGUCCUGCGCUGCCAACAUACUAAACUCUGGGAACGCCUCGAAUCCCGCAACUACCCGCUGAAGAAGAUCCAGGAGAACAACGAGGCGGAGAUAAUGGGUGUCGUGUCCGAGGAAGCGCGGGAGAGUUACGCGCCGGAGAUCGUGGUCGAGUUGCAGAGCGAGAGCACCGAUGACCUUGAGGCGAAUGUGGCGCGCGUCGUCGCGUGGGUCGAAGCCUGGAGGAAGGACCAUCCAGCGGAAGAUGCCGAGUCGUAG